GGAAACCGCGUGUGAGUGAGUAGCUUGCUUAUUUACGGGCAGCAGCAGCAGAUUCUUACUGAGCCUGCGUGAGUGAAGGCGUGGUGGAUUAAAUCCUUUUUAGGCAACUUUCCACGCUCAUUGGCAGCAGCAGCAACAGCAGCAGCAUUGACCGUGCUUAAGAUCUAUUUCUAAAAGUUCUUCUGACUAUAGGGUAUCCACUUUUCUCAAAUAAUCGGUCGGUCAGUCAAUUCUGCCUGAACGUCGAUAUUUAAACGUCGGCAUUUAGCAGAGUCGAAAGAGAGAAAAAGAAAAGGUUGGUCUUUAAUUUGAACUUUUGACAGUGCUCUAAGUAUAAAUAAAUUGACCGUACGUCUGUGCCACGUGUCAACGGAGAACAGGGGGGGGGAGUGUUUUCUUACCAAGGCGUUACUCGUACGCGAAUUUGUUUGCACGCAAAACGUGUUCUCUUAAAACGCGGGGACAAUUCCAUUACGUCCGCCCCCACCGGCUGUCGUCAGAAGUGGGGACUGGAGGCAUGGCUCAUGCGCCCGGGCGCCAACGAUGAUAAAACCCAAGCUUCCUCUCCGCUCUUUCGGCAUCAACAUGGUCUUCCAAUCGGUCACGCGCGCGCUAAGAAAGAAAACUCGGCCGGACAAGGACAAGGAGAAGGAGCGGCGGAGCUGUCCCGAGGAGCACCGCGCCUACCUGGAGGGGGAGCUGGCGCGAGCCCGCAUCACCGACACCGACUUCAUCCUGCUCACCGCGCUCCCGCCGGAGAUCGACCGCAACGAGUGGCUCGCGACGCACACAACAACAUUUUUCAACUACAUCAACCUGCAAUACAGCACCAUUUCUGAGUUCUGUACUCCUGAUUCCUGCUCCACCAUGUGCAUAGGGAGCAUGCCCGUGCUGUGGCAGGACAGCGACCGGGGAAAGAAGACCAAGUGCACGGCUCCCCAGUACAUCGACUGCGUCAUGUCGUACGUGCAGAAGCAAGUGACGGACGAGAACACCUUCCCCACGAAAUACGGCCGCGACUUCCCCCCGUUGUUCGAGGCGCUGGUGCGGCGCGUGUUCCGCCUGCUGUUCCACGUGCUGGCGCACCUGUACUGCGGCCACUUCCGGCACGCCGUGCAGAUGGACACGCAUGCGCACCUCAACACGCUCGCGUGCCACUUCCUGGCGUUUGCGCGCGCGUUCACGCUGCUGCCCCCCCUUGACGAGAUGGCGCCCGUGGGCGACCUACUGGACGCCCUCGCGUCGCCCCCCUCCCACCCACCGCUGCUCGGCUCCGGCCCCCUCUCUACGACGGACGAUGAGGACGACGACGACGACGGCGAUGGCGGCGCCGGUGAAGGUGGCGGUGGAGAGAGGAGAUGGCGGAGUAGGGGGGGGGAGAGGAGAGGGGAGGACGGAGCGAGCGCCGGUGCCGUGGGGGCGGCCGCGGUGACGUCAUCGCCCCUUGUCCCGCCGUCGACGCAGCAGAAUCAUGUGAGCGAGAGGUGAAAGGUCGGAGUUCAGGCGAAAGGUCAGGGUUCAGGUGAAAGGUCAUGCUUUAGCAAACUUGAGUUAGUUGAAAGGUCAGAAUUUGGCGGAAGUUCAGGGUAGAGAUUCAUGGUCAGGUGAAAGCCCGUUAGGGCUGGAGUCCGGGGUCUGUGUUAGGGUCAAGGUGUAGAUUUGUGUUAGAGCAAGGUUAGGGUUCCAGUUAUGGUCAGGAGUAGGUAGGAUGGUUAGUGGCAGCCACCAGACUUUUAUCACCAUCAUUAUUAUUAACUAUUAUUACAAUAUCACUAUAUUAUUGUCGUACGUAAUAUUUGUAUUCCUGCUGUUAUAGUAGUCAAUACAUUUCUCGAUAUUAUUUUCGUGAAUUGUUUUUUUUUAUUUUUCAUUAUUUCUGUUAUUUAUAUGAACGUUAUAAAUAACUGUCCUUUCAUUUGCGGCAUCGCCACCGUUGUCGGCGCUCUUGUUAUUUUAUUUGUUCAAGUUAUUAUUAAUCUCGAUGGCGCUGUUGUUUUGGCUGUGAUUUUUAGUGCCGUUCAAGUUUCAUCGUUACUAUUCCCGACGUGGCGAUCGUUGACGUCGCGUUGUUCGCGCCCGUUUGUUGUUUUGGGUCUCAUCCACGAGCGACAAUUUUCCGUUCGUGCUCGCUGCCUUGGGAGAUGGCAGAGGGGAGAGAGGCGGGGGGGGGGGGAGUGUUUUGAGUGGAAGUCGAGAAGUUUAUGUUUUUGAAUUAACGAUGGGAAAAAGAGAGAGAUACGCUCAGAGGAAUGACUUUAAGCUCGAGUCACAACACUGGCACAAUGGCAUUCAACACGAGAACUGCACACGAACACACAGGAUUUGCACACGCGCACUCACAAACACUUGCGUGCGUGUGUGUGAACGUAUGAAAGAGAAACAUCAACAUUUCUCAAUCCGAAUUUUUGCACGUUUCUCUGGUGAAUCCAGAAUUUUCCUAACGGUAGCGUUUCCUCUCUUACACUCAUUCCCAACCCAACCCAUCAUCUUGGUAUUUGGUUCCCACAUGGGUUUUUUUCUCCAGCUCUCCCCUAACCUUUCGCACCGUUUUCCUUUUGCGCCGUAUUCCCCGUGCAAAAUGUUUUCCCCCUCUGCCCCAGUACCACCACCAACUGGCCCCUCCCAGCGGUUUUCCUCUCUCCGUUGCGUCCCUUCCCAGCGGUUUAUCUCCCCCGACCGUGUGCUCGAAUGUUCCCUCAACCCUUUCCCUCCAACCCUUUCGCACACCCACAAAAUCGUGGGAUAUUCACCCAGUUGUGACUGAAAUGCUCCAAUCACGUGUGAUGUCCGGGAAAGAGUGGUUGAGGCCGAUGGUGGCGGCGGCGGCGACGAUGACAGAGAAAUUUACAUUUUCGACAUCGUUAUCACCACCACCACCACCACCGUCACCGUCGCUGCAGUUCCACAAAACAAUCGCAAAACCUUUAAACUCUUCAACUCGGCUUUGCGCCACACUCCUGCUCCCUGUCCCAUCUGGCGGGUGUGGCCUCACUUCCUGUGCACCUAUGAUGUUAUUUCCUGUGAUGUCACUCGGCCAGCCACGAGUGGAUUUGAGUAAAUUGCGGAGGUGUCGGCUAAAAAAGUGAGCGAGUUUCCAUGCCCGGCAGGACAGCGCGAAAGGGGAAGAAUAGGCUUUAAUCUGAAAUUCAAACGAGUGAUUCAAAAGUCUGCGACCUUUUCCGAGGUGAAUGUUCAUCCCUUUUUGCCACGUUUCCUCCAGGCCUCCCCCCCCCCCAGCGUUCACCGCAUCUGGGGCUUUCGGAAAGCCCGAAUUAGAAGCGAUGGUGAUAUAAAUAUUUACAACAAUGUUACGUGCUUGGCUGAAUUUACAAAUGGAUGGGAAAAACUGCAGUAUAACUACAUAGACUAUAAAUAUGGUUAGUAAAUUGCCAUGAUAUAUUAAUGAUUGCGUCGUAGCAUCAACACUGAUAUGUCUCGGUUAAGUAAAAUUAUGGCAUCGCUCAAUAGUUCUCUUAAAUUUUCCAUUGCACAAAAAUAUAUAUGAACUGUCCUCCAAAGAUGACAUUCUUUAAAGCCACCGUAGCUUAAAAUAAAAGUGAACUUUACUUUAGAAAACCAGUGCAGCGCUACACUGAAUAACUAAAAACGCAAGUGACAUCGUUAAGUUGAAGUGGUAUCAUUGUAACACACGCACACAUGCACACAUGCCAACACACAAACGCGCGCGCACACAAAACACCCUGCCGGGCCUACCCAGCAAGUGCAGAUUCACUGUAUAUGUACUAUAGCUAAAGCGUCUGUAGAUAACAAGUAUAAAUAUAUUAAAUUAAACUUUUAAAGAAACCUAAGAUCAGGAGAUGGCACGGGGGCGGCGGCGUGCUGUAAGAGACGAUGGCUGGAAACAGGAACAUUUCCAGCGCCACUUUUGUCGGCGAAAAUGAACGGCCCACGUUUUGCGGGGGGGGGUGGGGGGAGAAAAAUCACAAAAAUUGUUUCGCUUUCUUGAGCCUCGAGUGGCUUUGGGGAUUUCAUUUGUUUUAUUUUUUUGACGAUUGGAACCCCCCACCCCCCGAAAUGUGUUGUUGUUGAUGUCAGCGUGCGGACUCGGAGCGAAAGCGCUGACAGUAAACGGAAGAUGAAAGCCAGCGUCACGGCGUCACGUUGCGCGUUGUAGGGGAGCAUCCGACGAUAUGUUUAAAACCGAUCGUUACUGACGGGUGAGCGGUAACGAUGAGUGAAUUCGCGAGGCCAUCUUCGACGUCACGACGACAUCAUCGAUUUUUUUUUGUGCGCAAAUGAGCGAUGAUCGGAACAAAGUUUUUUUCCACAACACGUGUAGAAACAUGGUCUUACCGUGCUCGCCGCAAGAGGUCAACCACCGUUAUCGAAGCUAAUGAAAGUAAACCGGUGCAGCGGCAAUGACAUUUCGUUGCGAAACAGGAUGUUGUUGACAAUUGGAAAACAAAAUCACUUUGGCCGGUUGUUGGGUUGACUCGUAUCCAUUGUCCGCGUGUUCCAAGGAAAGACCCUGGAGUAAGUGUCGCAGGGCAACUUCCGAUUCCUUCCUGGGCACGUCUGAUUCAAUACCCAACCGCUCGACAGUGCGUUCUUCACCGCACGGUGAUUUUGUGUGUCAGCAUUGUGCCUCUGACCAGUGUCGAGACAUCGGCUUAUUUGAGUUAAGUGUAAAAACCAAUCUCUACGGUUGGCGUUUGUUUUCCUUGCGUGAUGAUAAGCGAUUGGGCCGAGACCCUGGACUCCGCUAGAGAACCCGGUGUAAUCAGUGGUGGCUUCCACCUGGAUUUGAACCCAGACUCCGUGCGCUGACACAGCCAUUGAGCCCUCCUGAAGGCAGUUGUCCACAGCAAUUUGAUUUGUUGUUGUUGUUGCAGCAAUUAUUUGUUGUUUUGAGUUUUCAUUACCGGGGGCAUUCCAUGACUUCUUUGGCCAAUGCUGAUAAUGAUUUUUUUUGUUUUCCUGAGAAAAAGUGUUGACUUCUUUCACCUGCUGUCGAUUUUAGCUCGAUGCGUCUUUGACGAGCAACAGGGGACUUAUCUACCCUGCAAUAAAAAUUACAGAUUUUUGUCCGGUAUCUCAAGCAAGCUUGGAUUGCAGACGUUACAACUGGCGAUUCUUUAAUCUCUAGGUCCUUAAUAGCUCCCCGCACAGGCUAACUGCGGUGACCGAUCGAUAUUCCGUGGGUGUGAAUUUACCGUGCCCCCCCCCACGCUCUCUCACCUUCUCCGGGCACACGCCGGGGUUUAUUGGCUGCUCCUCACUCGCCCAGUUGGUCAUUGCCGAUUACUUUAAGAAGCAAUGAAAAUAGGUGACGUGUGCUUCGUCUCUCCUUACGUUCUAUAUAGCUAACAAUGUAUGGAUAGAUUAAUUCGUAUAUGUUUUGCAUUUUCCUUGUUUUUUGUUGUUUAAUCUGGGUCAGCCCUUCUCACCGUUUUUACCCCCUGGAUAAUCGAGAGUUGGACGUACAUUUACACGUGCGCUUGUUCGUAGGUUCAUUGGUAGCACUUCUGUAGAACAGAAAACUCAAGCACCCCUCACGAAUUGUCACAAUGCCCCGUUUCGCAUGUAAACUGUCAGCGACGUUGAGAGCGCACCCUACUUUAAACUGCACGAAUGUUUCGGGACCAUAAUACUGUGUCGGCGAAAUAUUCAAGGCUGAAUGAAUGAAAAACGUUCCUACAGUAUUUUUGGAUAAUUCGUUUUUUUUUGGUUUGUUAAACUGCAGUUGUACUCCUUAAACAAAAACUGAUUAUUUUAAUUGUUUCUAAGUUGCACUUGGCCGUCAAUUCCUUGCACUAACUGUGCUCGAGUGUAUAGUUUUUGGGGGGUUGGGGGAGUGUUCGUGUUUGGUUUUGUGUUUUAAUUUUAUUUGAAUAUAGGGGGGCGGUCGGGGUGGUCCUCCGUGGUUUGAGACACGGCGUGGUUUUCACAUGAGGGCGUUCGCGUCGCUCUUCUCUGUGUUGCAUAAUUUGCGUUAAGUUUUUUUGAGUAUCGAGGGGCGAUGGAGGAUGAGGAGG